GUUUCCCGUGAAACCACGGCUUUGGCAGUUGUCUGUGAAUGCAACCACUUCACCACCUUUGGAGCUAUACUGGAACCCAUUUUCCCGGUCAGCUUUACCGAGGCUUAUUCGAUCACCACAGAAAAGCCGGCUAGUGACAGAUCGGGAUUUUUGUCUGUGACAGGACUUCUCUUUUUCACCUUUCUCUGCGCCUGCAUCAGUUACCGCUUUCUGGUUUGGAUGAAUGCGGACAAGCAGGUAAGACUGGCUCUCCAUGGAAAUGCAAAACACGUCUACCGUGGAGCUGCACCUGCCGAAGAAAACGAUGUAAAUUAUCGCGACCACGGCUCCGGCAUUGAUGAGCCAUGUGUCUUUGGAUUGUGUCAGGAUUCACAAGCGAGAGACCAUGUCGCUGGUCCCUACCAUUGA